GCUGGUGGGUGGCAUAAUGACAGCAGAUCACAUCAAUGAACCGAGGAAUGGGAUUCAGGAAAUAUUACGCAUUGAUAAAUACUUAUAAGAGGUCUAUUUUAUGACAGUUUAAUGAUGGUGUACAAUUAAGCCGAUCCGUACAUAUAAGUCUGUACAACUAGGUUAUGGAUUUAUGGGACUGGAGGUCCGCUUUACGAUUAAGGAAUUCAGACGUAUAGAAGAAUGGUAAGGAAAAAAGACAUUGUGAAAGUGUUUGUAAUCUAUCUAUCUCUUUGCCACGUUUGUCCAGCUCAUCCGUGCGGUGAGAACCCACUCCGCAGAUUAAUCAGCAUAUCAGUCAAAACAGGUCAUCCAUUACGCUCCGUUCUUCUUGCUUUGAGGGAGAUGAAUGGCGUAAUGUAUAAAGAACUUCAGAAUAACUUUCAACGGUAUGCGGGCUGCAUUGGAAUCGUUGAUACAGGUUACUUCAAACGUUCAGCUGCUUUAGUUUCACCUUACAAGCGCACACUUGACAACGACAAUGGUCACAUAGAGGGUUUAGAUUUGUUUAAAACUUGGAUCAAAAGAGAUGCUGCUCAGGCGGAUCGUUUGUCACUUCUGAAAGAGACAGAAGACUUGCUUGAUAAUGAACUCUAUCCAUUUUCACGACCAUAUGAGAAGGACCUAAUUACCAAUACGUGAAACACGACCUUCUGUUAAUUAUCUGCAAUAACUAUCGCCGGUAUUCAAAUGAAUUAUCUACAUCUUUUAUUUUUAUCAUAGGAUUUGAUUUUAAAUAAAGGUGCUUUUCAAUA